AAGCUGGUGUGGGUAUUGUCUUCGUACCAGUUUUUCCCGUGGCACUAAUUACUCCAAGUGCUGCAUGUGUAGCGAGAGCGCUGUUUCGAUUGGCUGAUUUUGAUUGCGAGUGCGAGGCGCCUCUGAAUCAACUAUUGACAUUUGUAGUCACAGCGAGUUUUCUACGGGCAAUUUUUUUGACAACUUACGCCUCGGAAGCAAUUACCAAACGCCGUGUGUAUGACCCUCCAAAGUCAUGAAGUUGUCAGCUACCUGGUGGUGCUGUAGGUUUGCCGUUGGAUUGUUUAUUCUCUCCUUGUGCUGCGGUAGUGGUUUGAGUCAUAAGCAUGUGAGGCCCGAACGUCUUACUCCAACAACAAAGCCUCGUGCUCCCAACACUUCCAACACGAGUCAUGGCGCGAAAACAGUCGAGGAAAACGACCUUGUCUUGGAACAGCCAAAACAACAAACAGGUAUCCUAAACCUUGGGUGCGUUGGCAUCAGAAUAAAGCGCUACGUUUCGAAUGGAUUUUGCACAAGCAAUAGAGCAAUCAAAGAUAUGAUUUGUGAAGGCAGAUGCCUCCCAAUGGACGAAUUGCCUUUUUUCCCUGAUUAUUCCAAGGUUUUAAGUGCGACAAAGCGAGAAUGGAGAUGUGUACCCGAUCGCAAACGAAGGCGAAAUGUAAAUGUCACGUGUAACGAUGGAACUAAACGAAAGUACAGAAUUCUUGUCGUUCGAUCUUGCAAGUGCAAAAGGUAUACAAGAAAACAGAACAUGACAAACGCUGGUGGCCAGCCUGAAAAUAAGAAGUCAACAAAACGGUGAAAGCAGAAAAAAACGAUUUAAAGCGUAACGUCAUCACACUUGGAAGCAGUAGUCUCUAAAUAGGGGCAGAGCUUCCCACACGAAAGGGCAAGAAAGGAAAAAAUCAACUACAAACUGGGAUAUUCAUUUGGACAUGUACAAUAAAAAAAAAAACCUGUACAAAGCUCUUCCAUAGAAGUGUUAGGAUACAGCCGAAAUAACGUGCGAAAGAAGAUGUAUAUUUUAUGAGUAUAGCAGCCAAGCGCGCUAUUUUGAACUCUAUGCACCGCCAGCCUUGGCUAAAGGUUGCAAAAACACCUCGUGUUUUGGUCCAUGAAAAACAGGUAGAUUAUAGACAUAACACGUGUUACGAGUAAACACGGGAAAAAAAAUAUUAGCUAUUAAUAACGACUGAUGAAUAUGUUUAUAUUCUGAGGUGCGAAAUGGCAACCUGCCCAAAUUGGGCCAACGUAUAGUACAGUAGCAUGUAGUACUAUCUGUUCUGAUGUUGUACGAGACUUAUUUAAAUAUAUUCCAAGAGAAUACUAAAGAAAACAAUACAGUAUAUGUUAUUCUAUGUCAGUGGCAAAGCUCGACCAAUACUAAUCCUUAAAUAAAAUAAGAGAAGGAAUUUAGCUCCGAUUGAGAAAGGGCUAUGCCUUCAGAUGUUCCGUUAGUUCGUUGAUGUGAUGUAAAUAGUAAUGGUGCGCUGGCUAACAGACACCAGGGCCUGCACAGCGAUACAAAUAAGUUCUAUGCCUGUAUAUUGUAACUGCGUAAAGACCCCAUAUUGAAUAAAGUUUAUAUUAAAUACUA